AUGGCGCCCGUGUUCCGCGAGUUGUUAUCGCCGUCAGUGUCGGGAGCUGCAGCUCCAGAAGAGGCAGACUCGUCAGAAUCAGUGGAUGAAGGGUCCGCGGUACCAGAAGUUCCGCUUGUGCUGUCGGUUUCGGUUUCGGUCUCUGAUGCUGUUGAAGUUUCUGAUUCCGUUGACGAUGCCUCUGUUGUUGAUUCUGAUGUUUCCGCUGAGGAUGUUUCUGUGGAUUCCGUAGUUGCGCUCCCUGUUGCCGAUGCCUCUGUGCUUGAGGAAUCGGUAUCGGACGUCUUUCGCCUCGUUCCUAGUGUCGUCGGUUCGGACAGUGAGGUAACCGGGUCUGUCAGGGGAACGCUCAAGCUAAAACCUCCCUCGAAGCUAUUUUUGUAG